UCUCUUUCGUUUGAAGACUGUUUCACUUUCCCGCAGAAAAUAGGGUGUCGAAUCUGUCCUAUAACCUCCGUUAUAUUUAUUACUAUUUAAAGAUCGAAGAUGAAUCUUUUAUGAUAAUUGUGGAUUAAUUCAUGUAAAGGUUGUUCUAAGUGAUGUUGUGUAAGAUCGUUUGUGUUCUUGCGAUCACUCUGUAGCGUUUUAAAAAAUUAAACAUGGCCUCGAACCGAGGAAUUCAGAUUGGAUCCGCGUGGUUUCAACGGAAACUGAACUUGAGGCCGCAGCACCGGGGCGUGCACCUCGUCACUGAGGAGAUCCUCAAGCAGGUGCCGGAGCUCUCGCAGUUUGCAGUCGGUCUCUGCCAUAUCCAGAUAAUGCACACAUCGGCAAGUCUCGCGCUCAAUGAAAGCUGGGAUCCUGAUGUUAGAGACGAUAUGGAGAUGAUGCUCAAUAAAAUAGUGCCGGAAGGCUUGCCUUAUCGACACUCGUGUGAAGGCCCUGAUGACAUGCCUGCCCAUGUGAAGGCAUGCUUCCUCGGAUCCUCACUAACAAUUCCUAUCACUGAUGGCAAGCUGAACCUUGGCACCUGGCAAGGAGUUUGGCUCUGCGAACAUAGGAAUCACGCUGGCAGCCGAAAGGUGGUAGUGACGCUGUCAGGGUGCCCCCGUGACUCACCCCUGUCGCCUGUAUCGGCCGCGUCGUGUUCCAGUUAGGAGCGGGGGGGGGGCGCGACCCCCCAGACUCACUCUCACUCGCGCCCCUCCUCCAAAAACACGCGGAGGUAAACCCCGCGCCAACACCUUUUAUAUCCCGCACUUAGACAUAGUUAUAAAUCUUAUCUUCGAACGACAAUAUGUACAUAAGAUAAAUAUUUUGUAACGCUUCGCGAGUCACCUCGCGCGGGACGCCACAAGAGCCCCGGCCGAUGCAGGCGCGGUGGCGGGGCCGAGCUCCUGUUUGUAAUAUAGCGUCCUAGGAAUUGAAGGCGCCCUGGCGUCAGCUCACUGCCGCGUCCCGCUGCGAGGUGCCGCGCGACUUCUGAGACAUAGUAAUGUUAUUCAGCCGGUAGAGCUGAGCCCGUUGAACUUGUACAUAUACAUGUGCGAUGGUUUUAAAGUAUACAUAAAGUAAUUGUUGUUUUGUUAUUGCAACUUGUCGAUAUAAUGUACAUAGAUCACGCGUGGACGUUGUGACAUUCUGCUUCGUAGGUUCGGUUCGGUCGUGGAGGAGGUUCAUGUGGCACCGAGUUUCACCAUUAUAAUCAUAUUCUACUAUGUUAGGACAAAUUACGAGAUAAGGAGUAAUGAUUUGGAUGGAUUGAAUAUUUUUCACUACUGCACUCGUUUAAAUUUUUUCGAUGUACACUGGAAGACACAAUAUUUUUUAACAUGGCAGCACAUUAGACAUUUUUAUGAAUUCGGACACUCAUUUUAUUCACCAAUUUUGUAUGUAAUCGCACUGGUUAAUGGUCAGUUCGUGUAAGAUUUAAGAGCUGAAUGUAGGUUUACAUAGAUAAGUACUUUGUACGUGUACGAUAGCUCCCUUCUCUCUCCGUGUUAGGUUAGACCUUAUUAACGAUUAGUACGUGGAACAUGUCCAUAGCUUUAAUUGUGUCACGCCCGUUGUAUCAACGGGUCCUUCGCGGGAUGACAAAGAGCUAACAUUUGGUACCACUAGUUGUAGUUGUAUAUCAUUACUGUUAAGAUCAUGUAAGUGCCUCGGAUUUAUGGGGUGGUCAUGUAUAAUUUGCAGACUCGAUUCCGAGACUAGGUAUGUGAGUCGUGUUAGACAGACUGAACCAGGGCAGAGACUCCGCUCGCUGACGCCCUCGGGUGUUCCGGUCCCACACAUCUGUUGCAACGUUUACAUUAUUUAUUACGUGGUUUAUAUUACACACAGCUGCAAUAAUCUCUUUGAUUACCAAAUGUACGAAAUCAUGGUUAAAAUUAAUUUCGCGAUGUCUAUAAAGGCGUAUAUGUAUAGUUGUAUGUCUUCCUAUGUAAGUUCCAUCACAUAAGAACAAGUUAGCGUAACGUGUCGGAAUAAUGUAACAAUGUGAACGGUAUUAGGGUAUACAAACAUCACCUAUAUCCGGCCACAUCUAUAUAAAUUAGAUAAUGUAUUGAAAUUAUCGCGAUAGGGGCUCUAAAUUGAAUCUAAAUUUGGGCAUAGUCAUUAUUAUACAUAGUUAUCUGAUGAGUAACAAGUAGCGGGUGUUUUAUAUGAUACGAGUCGUAGUGGAUAUUACAUAAUGUAAUUCAUUCACUAAUUUUUACAGGGUUGAAAACCUUGUCGUUUUACAGGAAUUUAUAAUAUUCAUUCCAUGUUCGACAUUCCAUCAUCAGCGGAACUAGUGACGUGGCCGGGGCCGCUGGCCAGCCCGACAGCUCCACACUGCUCGGUAGAGAGCUGGUUGGUGGCUGGCCGGCUGGGCAGCGGCUCGCGGCGCGCUUGCGAUUGUUUCGUUGCGUUCGGCUUUAGAUGUCCCAUUGAGAUCGCUUGUGUGGCACAAUUUUACACUUAAAACUUAGUUAGGAGUUAAUAAAUUAUAAAUAGUAGGGUACCGUUGCGUUAAGUAAAUAUGAAGCGGUGUUGACAUGGCACGCGACACGCGACCCGCCGCGUCACGCCGCGCACACCUUGUUUUGAUACCACAUUGUACAAAGUGUAGAUGUCACGUCGGUGGUACGGUCCAUCUCAUGGACUACUUAGACUUACUUCACUUAGGGAGCUUGUUGUACGUUCAUAUUUGGGCUUUUGAUGAUAGAUUCACGUUAAACUUUACGAUUUUUUAAGUUUUUUGAAAUCAUAUAGACAUAGGAAAUGUUUUUGGAAUUAUCUAAACAGCUUUAUAAAGCUUAAUUAUGCUUCGAUUGAAUAAUUAUAUUGUUUAUUAGUUUAUCAAUAUAAAACUUCUACCUACUCUGCAUGAUCAAUGUAUGUACUAUGUAACAAUUGAAUAAUUUUGCUAAUUACAGUCCUUGUUUUUAUUUAUUCUGCUUUUGUAUGUUUACAUCGAUUAUUUUUAUUGCUUUUUAUUAUGAUUUGAGUUGUACUCACGGGUGUGUGAAAAGGGUUGGCUAUUAAGUGCUUUUUAAAACAAUUAAUUAAGGAAAAAUGUAAAUAUUUUUUGCAUUAAUAUAGUGUACAUGUAUGUUUAUCCAUGUACAUAAUGGUUCAUAAUGUAAAAAUGUUCAAGUGCUAUUUGUGUAUGGGUGUUAUGUAUGACACUAACAUGAAGAUUGCCUAUUUGUUAUGUUGAUUUAAAGUUCGAAUUGAAGUUUCUUUUUAAAGCCAUUAUAAAAUAUUAAAAUAAUGAAAUGCAUACAAUACAUUUAUAGUAAACGGAAAAUCCUAUUUAGUACAUAAGUAUCCAAAGACGUGAAGCGACUGGUUCGCCUAGAGUAACUAACAUUCCUUUUUGUUUCGACAUUACCAGUUCCGGGGCAUGUUUUGUUGUUCCGUGGUAACGUAGGUUAGAGAUGUCCCAAGUUAGGCUGUUCACUAACAACGAAUGUGUCUAGUGUAUUACCUUUAAGUGGACUCCCAACUCACCAUCCCCAAUGUUUAGAAACUUGUACAGCCAUACGUAUUGACGUAACCACAGUUGUUAUCAGACACAUUAACUCAACUUAUUAUUAUUAUCAAGAGUUUGUUUGUUCUAUGAUGAUGUAUUCUAUUUUCAAUGUUCAUAAUUAUAUAAUGGAACAGUUCAAUAAAUUAGGGCACGGAUUUUAUCAAAUUAUUUACUUACGUAUUUAAUGGAUCAAUAAGCAUAAUUCAUUUGUUGUAUUAAAUAUAAAUUGCACAUAGGAAAAUGAGGUUGUAUUCAGGAUUAAUAAAAUAACCAAAAACGGACGACAAAUAAUAAUUUGUGUGUAUAUUAUUUAAGAUCAAUAAUAAAUAUGAAUAUCAAUAUUAUGAUUGUACAGUACAGUUGGUUCAAUAUUUCUUAGAGUAUUCCUGUCAGUUGUAUAUUGUUGAUUUUACGCGUUCACUUGUAAGUGACGUUGGGAUAUCUGUCACGAUAAAUUUCAUUGUAUCAUAUAACUUGUACAAUAUAAAUAUAUAGAUCCACAAUUAUAAAAGAGAUUAAAAUAUUUGCAAAAGUUAA